UCGGUGGAAGUUAAUUUUUACACUUUUAGGUUUUCUUCGGACUUUUCAGUAUCGCUUUAUUUCUAAAAUUACAGAUAUGAUUGCUCAGCAUCUUCUGUAACCUUCUCUAUACCAGAAUUGUCUUUUUCAUUAAUAUAUCACCAUGGACGGCCCUUCUGCUAAGAAAUCUAACUCGCUUGAAACGCUGGUUAUACAAAAUAUAACAAACGUUAACGAUUUGAAGGCAAAAUUGAGCGAUAUCAUCAAGCAGGGAAAAAACUACGAUUACGAUGUUUCAAAUUGCCUUACAGCGUUAUUAAAGAACAGUGACCACGAAAUUGUGACAUUGGCAGUGCAGGCGAUCUCUGAGUUAGCGAAAUGUGAAGAUAAAAGGGAAACAUUUGCUAAGAAAGAUGUGAUAGAACCUAUAAUGGACAUACUAAGUAAGGAUAUAACUUUGGACAGACUUGAGCUUGUCAAGCAGUGCUGUCGAGCUCUCGGCAACCUGUGUUGUGACUGCGACACAUCGCGGAAGCUAGUCCUUGACCACGGUGUCAACAUACUAACAAAACUGCUUAAAACAACUUUGGACAACUCAAAUUUAAGUGAAAUUAAAAUCUUUACAUGCAAAACACUGUUGAAUUAUGCCAUUGGUGGGCAACAGUUUACUGAGUCUCUAGUGGAGAGCGGUUUAAUAGAGCUGAUGCAGCGGAUCCUGGCUGUGGAGUUGGCGGGAGAGGACAUGGACGAUGACCUGGUGUCCACAGUGCUGCUUAUCCUCAGCGUGGUGAACGAUAACACUCCGGAGUUUCUGUUCAGUGAGGAAGUGAACUUGUUGGUGCUAAGAGUGCUGCGGGAGACGGUUAACAUGGAGAUUUCUGAAUUGUGCUUAGACCACUUGCUCUUGCAGGCUGAACAUGAGUCAGUAAAGACGCUCCUGGCCCGUCAAGAGUGCAUACAACAUGUGUGUUCCCGCCUGGAAGCUCUGCUGCGGAGGCAGGCUUCAAGAGAACUCCGGGCUUCGGACUCCGAGGUGGAUGCGUUGGUCAAACAGGCCUGCGAUCUAUUAGUACUUGUUCUUACAGGAGACGAAGCCAUGCACCUCCUAUACGACAGCGGGCACGGCGCUGUGUACGAGACCACGGUCCGGUGGCUCGAAGCCCCCAAUCCGCACCUGCUGAGCGCGGCCGUACUUGCCAUCGGCAACUUUGCUAGGCAGGACGAUUACUGCGCCGCUAUCAUGGAUACGCAUAUAUUUGAUAAGUUGCUCGACAUAUUCGAGACACACCACAAACUCGGCCUGGAGCUGAAGCAAGGCGUCACACACUCCAUCGACUUGGCCACGGCGACGAAAGUACAGCACGCGGCUUUGUCUGCGCUCAGGAACUUGACCGUCUCAGCCGCUAACAAAAAAGCCGCUGCUAGCAAGGGAAGAGCGGCGCCGGUGUUGCUAGGCGCCCUACCGAGCGUGGAAGACCACCACGUGGCCUACAAACUGAUCGCUGCGCUCAGGAUGCUGGUUGACGGACAAGACGGUGUAGCGCGGCAGUUAGCUAGCGACCGGGCGGCGCUGGCGGGUGUUGCUCGCUGGGGCGCCAGCGAGCACGCGGGCGCGGCCGGCGAGGCGCCGCGCCUGCUCGCGUGGAGCGCCAAGCUGCUGCCGCAGCCGCAGCACUGGAGGAACUAUGUCGAGGUCGACGGCUGCCUAUCCUGCCUAGUCAACAUGCUGAUUGCGUCCCACUCUGUCAUGCAGAACGAAGCCAUCCUCGCGCUCACUCUGCUCUCAAUCCACUGCCUCAAGGACAAACCGGACAUCGACAUCGAAAACACCUUCAUCGCCCGCCUCCUGAAGUCAGAAAUAGGUAAGCACGUGUCCGUACUACUCGAGACUAACUGCGCGAAAAUGCCCAUUCAAGUUGUAGAGAAUCUGCUGGCGUUCUUGGACGUGACUAGUAAAGUGAAUCAGUUAGCGCUUGAUUUUAAAGACGCUAAAGUCGGUGAAGGGCUGCUGAAGCUGAUGGAUGCGCGGAAGGAUUUGAGCGAUGAUUUGAAAAGUUGCGUGUCGAACGUCAUGGCGGCCCUGGCUGACAAGCAAACGUAAAUAAGCAUUUAUUCGUUAUACUCACGGAUUUUGUUGACUGGCAGUGUUA